AGGUUCUUGCACAUUUUUCCUCUUCCUUCUGGGAUGCUCUGUGCAACGCAAGUGACCUGUAAAGCUAGGAAAAGAGUGUCAAAACGUGUUUCUGGGACACAGCUGCUACAAAUAAUCCUGAGGAUGGUUUCGGUGGAGAGGGGGAGGGGCAUGGGCACCCGCAGCGAAAGCUCAGAAUAGAAAGGAGUUUCUCCCAGCUUGAGGAAGCGAAAACGCCUUCUCAAGUGGGGGACAGAGGGGGCGCUCGGCGAGGCGUUUAUUUGGGUUUUCUUGGGACGCAAUGGGAGUCGCAAAAGCGCCCAGAGCCUGACGUCAUUGGCCAUCAGCUGACUGUUCUGGGCCCCGGCUUCACUGGCAGCAGCCGCAAUCGCGGUGGCGGAGGUGAUGGCCACCUGCAGCCGCGUUCUGGACUGUGCCCCGCAGACUCAGCAUCCAAGGACCCAGCUCCGCGCGACGUUGGCGCAUGGACCACUGCGUGGCAACUUAGUCUACCGCGAGCGCCACUGGGGUUUUGUGCGGCGGUGUCUGGGUAGGCGGGAAACCCGCGGUCCAGGUGGUCCCUGGCAGUGCUUUUCCCGGAGCCUUUCUGUGCAACCCUACUGUAAGCCGAGAUACACCUAGUGUCCAAAACCAGCAGAGGACGCCCCCAUUUUCAUGCCCUGCGCCCUCCACCCCGGGACCUGUGGAGUAAAGAGACUCCAGCAGAAGCUGUCCACCUCUAUGAUUGCGGUUUCUUGGGGGGCAUUUUGGUUUUAGCCUGAAAGUUAGAGUUGAAAAACAAAUCACGACCGGCUGGGGAAAACAGAAAGGAGCCCCUCUACUGUGUGGCUCUGGGCUCCAGGAGUCAGUGGGCAAAGCGGCCUACGAGUCCUGGCUCUGCACCUGCCAAGGACCAGAGCCAGGGCCGAGAAAAGCACAGAGGAGGAACGGCGGGAGCGGCCAGGUGGAGCGCUCCACCACAGCGCACAGCCGGGACCGGCCGGACUUGCGUGAGGCCGCCUUCAGGACCUGCGCAUCCCCGCCAGAUCUGGGUGUCGGGUCCCAGCCGCCACCCCCACCGCACUCUUCUUCGCGGGUUCCGGGGGCGUGGCUUGGCGCGGGGGCGGGUUUAAGUCGCCGCGGGUGUCUGACUGCUCUGACAGGUCUCCAAAUUCCUCCCCGGGUCUGGGUCCUGCGGCGCCUUUGCGAGCGCGGAGGUGGCACGCCGCGCCUCCCGAGACCCGGAGGCAUCUCUUCGGAUUCCUAGCGGCCUGGGGCCCUCUCCUCCUUCCAACCUGUCUGGGGCCGCAGCACCCGCCAAGUCUCCAUUCUCAGGCUCUGGAAUCCGCGCCAGGGGCUUCUGUCCUUACUCAGAGCUGUGGGCUUCACUAUUCUUUACCGGCUUCUUCUAGGUACAGGCAGGCCCAAUGGACUCCAAAGAGCGAAGUGAAGGGCAUGGGAACUGGGUGCUGCAACCCCUCAGAAUCACUGCUGGCAGCGGUGACCUCGUCCUUUAGCCGAGGCUGGGACCCUGGGGCUAGUGCCCCAGCGCCAUCCUCCCUAAGGAAUGCUCCUGUCCAGAAUCCGUGCGGCGCUGUCAGUAUUCGCUCUGGAAGUGGCGACAGCCAGGAAGAAACCGAGGAGAGAGCUUAAACACACCUCCAAAUUAACUGUUUGGUGACUUGUUAGCGCGGAGGCUACCACCUCUCCAGUCCUCCCGCGGGGCGCCCUGCCACCUCACCGUCACCCACUCGUCCUGUCUCAUCGCUCCCGCCUCCAGCUCCGCCCCGGCUCCCCAUCCCGGCGCAAUGGAGUUAUCCGAAGGGCGAUGAUUCCAGCCACAGCUGGUAACUUAGCACCCAUCGUGGCCACCGGUCACCCCUGGCCAGCCCUUCUGCAGCCACCUAGCCGUGGGCGUCCGGAGCCCAGUGCCGCAGUCAGGACCCGCCCGACGCGCAGCGGAAGAUCGGCGCCUGGGCGCCUCUUGGAGAGCAAAGGCUGCGCCAAGACGCUGAGCCCAGAGCCAGCCGCUGAGCCUGAGCCUGGGAAGCCAGGGCACCUCGGCUUUUGCGGACAAAUAGCCACCACCACGCCACUGCGUACCCAAGCUGCGCUGAUUGGCGGGAGGGUGACUUGUGUGGACGCUGGAGUCCGCUGCGAUCCACCAGGAGUCCUUUGCUCCCUGGCGCACUAUGACCUGACCUGUGGGGGUCCCUGCCCAGGGUUUCUGCUAUCUAGCAGCCUAGCAAAGAAGAGAGUGCCGCCAGGCUCCUAGCAGGCCGCCUUCGGGUCUUUAGGAAGCCCCCACCCCCAACUGCCUCCACCAGUUUCUGCGCCUCCCUCGCUGCGGACCCUGCCAUGGAGCUCUCGGAUGUGCGCUGCCUUAGCGGCAGCGAGGAACUCUACACCAUUCACCCGACGCCCCCGGCCGGCGACGGCGGGAGCGGUUCUCGGCCGCAAAGGUUGCUGUGGCAGACGGCGGUGCGGCACAUCACCGAGCAGCGCUUCAUCCUUGGGCACCGGGGCGGCGGCGGCGGGAGCGGGGGCUCACGCAAAACCUCUAACCCUGCCGGCAGCGGGCCCAACCACCACGCGCCGCAGCUGUCUGGCGACUCGGCGCUGCCCCUCUAUUCUCUGGGCCCGGGGGAGAGAGCGCACAACACCGGCAGCACGAAAGUCUUCCCGGAACGCAGCGGGAGCGGCAGUGGCAGUGGCAGCGGAGGCGGGGGCGAUCUGGGCUUCCUGCACCUUGACUGUGCCCCGAGCAACUCAGAUUUCUUCCUUAAUGGGGGCUACAGCUACCGAGGGGUUAUUUUCCCCACCCUGCGCAACUCGUUCAAGUCUCGGGAUCUGGAGCGUCUCUACCAGCGCUAUUUCCUGGGUCAGAGGCGCAAAUCUGAGGUGGUGAUGAACGUGCUGGAUGUGCUAACCAAACUCACGCUCUUGGUCCUCCACUUGAGCCUAGCCUCGGCCCCAAUGGACCCGCUCAAGGGCAUCUUGCUGGGCUUCUUCACUGGCAUCGAGGUGGUGAUCUGCGCACUCGUGGUGGUCAGGAAGGACACCACCUCGCAUACCUACCUGCAAUACAGCGGCGUGGUCACUUGGGUGGCUAUGACCACCCAGAUCCUGGCAGCCGGCCUUGGCUAUGGGCUUUUGGGAGAUGGCAUAGGCUAUGUACUCUUUACGCUCUUCGCCACCUACAGCAUGCUUCCGCUGCCGCUCACCUGGGCCAUCCUAGCCGGCCUGGGCACUUCGCUGCUACAAGUGAUCCUCCAACUGGUCAUCCCCCGACUGCCGGUCUUUUCCAUCAACCAGGUCUUGGCCCAGGGGGUGCUAUUCAUGUGCAUGAACACAGCUGGAAUCUUCAUCAGUUACCUGUCCGACCGUGCCCAGCGCCAAGCCUUCCUGGAGACACGGAGGUGUGUGGAGGCCAGGCUGCGCCUGGAGACAGAGAACCAGAGACAGGAGCGACUCGUGCUGUCUGUUCUCCCCAGGUUUGUGGUCCUGGAAAUGAUCAAUGACAUGACCAAUGUGGAGGACGAGCACCUGCAGCAUCAGUUCCAUCGCAUCUAUAUUCAUCGCUAUGAGAAUGUCAGUAUUCUUUUUGCAGAUGUUAAAGGAUUUACCAACCUCUCUACGACCUUGUCUGCUCAGGAGCUGGUCAGGAUGCUCAACGAGCUCUUUGCCAGAUUUGAUCGGCUGGCCCAUGAGCAUCAUUGCCUUCGCAUUAAAAUCCUAGGGGACUGCUACUACUGCGUCUCUGGACUGCCUGAGCCCCGCCAGGACCAUGCCCACUGCUGUGUUGAAAUGGGCCUCAGCAUGAUCAAAACCAUCAGGUAUGUGAGAUCCAGAACUAAGCAUGAUGUUGACAUGCGAAUUGGAAUCCAUUCCGGCUCAGUGCUAUGUGGUGUGUUGGGCUUGCGGAAAUGGCAGUUUGAUGUCUGGUCUUGGGAUGUGGACAUAGCGAACAAACUGGAAUCUGGAGGAAUCCCUGGGAGAAUUCACAUUUCCAAAGCCACACUGGACUGCCUCAAUGGUGACUACAAUGUGGAAGAGGGCCAUGGUAAAGAGAGGAAUGAAUUCUUAAGGAAGCAUAAUAUAGAGACCUAUUUGAUUAAGCAGCCUGAGGAGAGUUUGCUGUCCUUGCCUGAAGACAUUGUCAAGGAGUCUGUGAGUUCCUCAGACAGGAGAAACAGUGGGGCCACAUUCACUGAAGGAUCCUGGAGCCCAGAACUGCCUUUUGAUAACAUCGUGGGAAAACAGAAUACUCUGGCUGCCCUAACAAGAAAUUCAAUAAAUCUGCUUCCAAACCAUCUUGCACAAGCUUUGCAUGUCCAGUCUGGGCCUGAGGAAAUUAACAAGAGAAUAGAACAUACCAUCGACUUGCGGAGUGGCGAUAAAUUGAGAAGAGAGCAUAUCAAGCCAUUCUCACUGAUGUUUAAAGACUCCAGCCUGGAGCACAAGUAUUCUCAAAUGAGGGAUGAAGUGUUCAAGUCAAACUUGGUCUGUGCGUUUAUAGUUCUUCUGUUUAUCACCGCAAUUCAAAGCUUGCUUCCUUCUUCAAGACUGGUGCCGAUGACCAUUCAGUUCUCCAUCCUCAUCAUGCUGCACUCUGCCCUGGUCCUCAUCACGACAGCAGAAGACUACAAGUGUCUGCCCCUCGUCCUCCGGAAAACCUGCUGUUGGAUCAAUGAAACCUAUCUGGCCCGGAACGUCAUCAUCUUUGCUUCCAUCUUGAUUAAUUUCCUGGGUGCCGUCCUAAAUAUUCUGUGGUGUGAUUUUGACAAGUCGAUAUCCUUGAAGAACCUGACUUUCAAUUCCUCAGCUGGGUUUACAGAUAUCUGCUCCUACCCAGAGUACUUCGUUUUCACUGGAGUAUUGGCCAUGGUGACCUGUGCAGUUUUUCUCCGGCUUAACUCCGUCCUGAAGCUGGCUGUGCUGCUAAUUAUGAUCGCCAUUUACGCCCUGCUGACUGAGACCAUCUACGCAGGUCUUUUUCUGCGUUAUGACAACGUGAACCACAGUGGAGAAGAUUUCCUGGGGACCAAAGAGGCGUCCCUGCUGCUGAUGGCCAUGUUCCUCCUUGCUGUGUUCUACCAUGGACAGCAGCUGGAGUACACAGCCCGCCUGGACUUCCUGUGGCGAGUACAGGCCAAAGAGGAGAUCAAUGAGAUGAAGGAACUUAGAGAACACAAUGAAAACAUGCUGCGCAAUAUCUUGCCCAGCCACGUGGCCCGUCAUUUCCUGGAGAAGGACCGAGACAAUGAGGAACUGUAUUCUCAGUCCUAUGAUGCUGUUGGGGUGAUGUUUGCCUCCAUCCCAGGAUUUGCAGACUUUUACUCUCAGACUGAAAUGAACAACCAAGGAGUGGAAUGCCUGCGCUUGCUGAAUGAGAUCAUCGCUGACUUUGACGAGUUGCUUGGAGAAGACCGGUUUCAAGACAUUGAAAAAAUUAAGACCAUUGGUAGCACCUACAUGGCUGUCUCAGGCCUGUCACCAGAAAAACAGCAAUGUGAAGACAAGUGGGGACAUUUGUGUGCCCUGGCUGACUUCUCUCUAGCACUGGCUGAAAGCAUACAAGAGAUCAACAGGCAUUCGUUCAACAAUUUCGAGCUCCGGAUUGGCAUCAGCCAUGGCUCAGUGGUAGCUGGUGUGAUCGGCGCUAAGAAACCACAGUAUGACAUUUGGGGUAAAACUGUGAACUUGGCAAGCCGGAUGGACAGCACAGGAGUGAGUGGCCGGAUCCAAGUCCCUGAGGAGACCUAUCUCAUCCUGAAGGACCAGGGCUUCGCCUUUGACUACCGAGGGGAGAUCUAUGUGAAGGGCAUCAGUGAGCAAGAAGGGAAAAUCAAAACAUACUUUCUUCUGGGAAGAGUCCAACCCAACCCAUUUAUCUUGCCUCCAAGAAGACUACCCGGGCAGUACUCCCUGGCUGCGGUUGUCCUUGGCCUUGUCCAGUCUCUCAAUAGGCAAAGGCAGAAACAACUACUCAAUGAAAACAGCAACACAGGCAUCAUCAAGGGCCAUUACAACCGGCGGACUUUGUUGACACCCAGUGGGCCAGAGCCUGGAGCCCAAGCUGAAGACAGCGACAAAUCCGAUUUGCCAUAAAAGCAUUUUCUUUGUGUUUCUUUCUCUUUUUUGUAUUUCUUUUAUAUAUAAAAUAAAUAUACUAAUAAAAAUGUUUAAUUUUUUUUAGAACAA